AUGAAGAAAAAUGGAAAAUUAAGGGUGUGCAUAGACUUUAGGGAUUUGAAGAAUGCCACCCCGAAGGAUAAGUAUUUCAUGCCAAUAGCAGACAUGUUGAUCGAUUCUGCAGCGAAAAAUAAAAUUUUAAGUUUUAUGGACGGUUACUCAGGUUAUAAUCAAAUCUUCAUUGCAGAAGAUGAUGUGUCCAAAACGGCUUUCUGUUGUCCUAGGGCAUUAGGCACUUAUAAGUGGGUGGUUAUGCCUUUCGGUUUGAAAAAUGCUGGUGUAACUUACCAGCGAGCAAUGAAUGCCAUAUUCCAUGAGUAUAUUAGGAGAUUUAUGGAAGUGUAUAUCGAUGAGGUUAUGGUUAAAUCGAUUUCGGUGAAUCAACACAUUGAUCAUUUUAAGAGAAGCGCAUUUGAAUCGAUAAAGGUAUAUUUAUCUAAGGCUCCAAUAAUGGCAAGUGUUCGUCCACAUGAGCCUUUAAAACUGUACAUUGCAGCAUCUACAAACACAAUUGGGUGUAUGUUAGCCCAAGAUGAUGAGGAUGGACAUGAACGGGCAAUUUAUUACCUUAGUCGCAUUUUGACUGAUAUUGAAACAAGGUAUUCCCCAAUAGAGAGAUUGUGUCUAUCCCUAUAUUAUGCGUGCAUGAAAUUAAAAUGUUACAUGGUAGCUAAAUCGAUGAAAGUUGUGGCGCAAACUGAUCUUGUCAAACAUAUAUUGAGUUUUCCAAUGUUACGAGAUCGUUUGGGGAAAUGGAUGCUAGCUUUAACAGAAUUCGAUUUACAGUAUGUCCCAGCAAAAGCUGUGAAAGGUCAGGUCAUUGUAGAUUUUUUAGUUGAUAAUUCGAAUAAUCUGAAUGACCAGGGAAAAAAUGUACUCGACAUUAAAGUCAAUUAUUGGAAGUUGUAUUUUGAUGGAUUGAAGCACAAGGAUGGUGCAGGGGUAGGAAUUCUCAUUAUCUCACCAGAAGGAAUUCCAUCAGAGUUCCUGUUCGAGCUAAAAUAUCCUUGCUCGAAUAAUAUGGCGUUAUCGAAGGAGUUCAAAUGUAAUAAUGAGAAGUUGCAAAAAUAUCUGGCAACGGCUUGGGAGUUGUUAACUUCUUUUCGAAAAGUUUUCCUGGUUCAUAUCCCGAGGAUCCAGAAUGAGAUCGCCAAUGAGUUAGUCCAAAUUACUUCAAAAUACAGAGUUGGCCCAGAAACAUUAAGAAACAUAGCCAAUAUCCAUCAAAUUUUGGUGGCUGCAGAUGAAAGGGAAGUUUUGUGUGUAGGCGAAUGGGCAUAUGAUGAUUGGAGGAAGCCUAUUGCUAAGUAUUUAAAGAAUCCUAGCAUACCAGUCGAUAGAAAGAUAAAAUUGCGAGCAAUGAAUUUUGUCUUGAUGGCUGAUGAGUUGUAUAAGAAAGGAAUUGACAGGAGUGUUUCGAGAUGUCUAAGUCAAGAGGAUAAAGACAUUGUUCUAGGGAAAGUCCAUAAAGGCGUAUGUGGUGCUCAUCAGGCUGGGAUAAAAAUGAAAUGGGUACUAUAUCGAAAUCAUGUCUAUUGGCCCUCCAUGAUUAAAGAUUUUAUCGAAUAUGCAAAGGCAUGUCAAGAAUGUCAAAGGCAUGGAUCGAUACAACAGAUCCCAACUUCUGAAUUGCAUUCGAUUAUUAAGCCAUGGCCAUUUAGAGGUUGA